GGAGAGCUACUGCAGUUGUGUCAGCGAAUAGACGUAAAAGCGUCUAUUCUCGUGGAGAUCAUCAGUGGUGUGGUGACGUUUCAUGCCCACGAGAUCCGCCGUAUUGCUCUGAAGAUGUUAAUAGAAUGGCUUGACCAGGGCGGAACUAGAGAGAGACUCUUGGAAGUUGCUCAGGCUUUUCGUUUCAACGAUGCCGUGCUCAAGAUGGCAGAAGCCAUGGGAUCUAACUUCCCUCCUUUCAUCUCUUAUGGAAUCGUGGAUCAUAGGGGAGUGAAACUGCUCCUGGAUAAGCUAGGCAUCACUGUAACUAUCCCUGAAGGAGCCAUACCGAAAGGAAUGAGAUCCGUGGCAACACUUCAAGUUCGAACGCAGGACAGUCCUAGAAUACCUUUACAGCAGGGUGAAGUCCUCAUUUCCCCUGUCAUCGAGACUUCUCUCACACAAGAACUGAUAAAGCCAGCCACGGUGGUAGUACAGCUUUGUACCAACCCCAAUGUUCGUAGAGAUGACUCCCCCGCUAUCCUCUACACCAAAACAGGACCAGCUUUCUUCGGUUGUAGACGCCUGACAAACCCCACAUCCAAAAUCUCAAGAAAUGAGAUCACUUUUCUCACUCGGCAUCUACAAGUGUUUGCCCUGUCGUCAAACAGUCUCCGGGGACUCGAGAUGAGAUGUUUAAUUUUUCAGCCAGUAAUCAUGGAUCCUACACAGAAUCCAACUCUUCGCAUUUACAUACUGCAUCCUAAUAUGCACUAUGUACAGGAUAUAGUGAGAUCAGAGAAGUGUUCGCCUGUCGCCUACUGUCAAGUCAUGGAAGAAUUAAAGUUCUACAUAGAUUCGACAACAAGAGACCUAAGAAUCGUUUGCCGCAUCGGAACUGCAAGGCUCAAAAGAAUGAUACCGAUUAAAGGUAUACUAUGUGGAAAGGUCAACCAUGUAGACUUCGAGCUUCAGUUCACUCCCAAGGAGAAAGGAAAGAAGAAAGUCGAGAUGACCAUUCAGGAAGGGUCAAUAAUAUAUGCAGAAAGCAAGUUCGAGACGUCAAUAGAAGAUGUACCAGAUUAUACACGAGAUCAAAAGGAUUCACAUGGUCAAUUGCAGUAUGUACCUGACAGCAUUCUAAAGAUCCUGGCAGAAGAAAUACAAUCACCAAAAGAAUUGAAGUCCCUUGCCUACCAGCUUGGAUUCUCUCCAUCAGCUACAAAGAAAUACCUCAACCAACCUGAGUUAUCCAUGGAGAUGCUUCGAAAGUGGAGGCGCCGGGUUCGACCAAGUCAACAGAUUGACGAGCUUCAUGUGGCCUUGAAAAAUGCUGGACUAGGACAGUCAACAGAAAUCUUCUUACCUGAACGUGACAUUAUAACAUGA